ACAACGAAUUAAUCACCCUUUUUCUGUCACUUCAUCAUAUUUGCUCUCCCCUCAGCCUAUCAUCGCGUCCAUAUGGCAUCAGAUGCAGCAAUGGCGCAAAGAAGAAUUUACUCAACAUUUUCACUGCUGAGAGGAGGAGAAGACAAAGGGAAAAUGGCGCCAUUCACUGCUGAAAGUUACCGAACUUCUUAGUCAAGACUAAGACGGAUCUUUAAGAGCUGCUAGCACCUGACACUGAUCAGUGUUACGGUGUAGUGUCUGCGUGGCAGUGGUGCCACAGAGGAAGAAGCGUGAGAGCUGAAAGCUUGGUGUCGCGGUGUGAGAGCUGAAUGCAUCCCGAUUUUCUGCGAGUGCCGCUGAGCUCCUAACAGGUGUUGGGAGGCGCGCCGCCCGGAGAGCGAACAUGUCCAAUGGGAGAGAGACGAACGCCGCGGAAAACUUCUCUGAGAUGACCCUGAAAGAGUGCUUGGAUGACUGUAUGGAGGCGUUGGAUCUCUUCCUUAACAACCACUUCAAUGAGAGCCUGGAGAAGCUGCGGCCAAGAGUGAAUGAGAGUAUGUACCAUGCUCUUAUCUACGCCACAGUGUUGGAAAUGCAAGCAAUGAUGACUUUCCAGCAGGAUGACAUCACCAAUGCAGGAAAUACCAUGAAGAGUGCCCAGGAGGUCUGUCAGAGAUUUCGACGGAAGUCUUCCAGCCUUUCCAACAAAUCAGCUGGGGGGUCACUUUCUGAAGUGCAGCUCCAUGCGGAAGUCUGUUAUGCAGAGUGUCAACUCCAAAGAGCUGCUCUCACCUUCCUGCAGGAUGAGAACAUGGUGAGUUUUAUCAAAGGAGGAAUCAAAGUACGAAACAGUUACCUUAUUUACAAAGAACUGCAUUCAUUCAUAAAAUCGCACCACUGUCUCAAAGAACCCAGCCACGUUCACUUAGAAGGAGGAAUAGCAUUCGGGAUAGGGGCGUUUAAUCUGACUCUCUCUCUCUUCCCUCCGCGGAUACUCAAAGUUUUGGAGUUUGCAGGCUUCUCUGGAGACAAGGAAUACGGCUUGUCUCUUUUGAACGAUGGUGCGACGGGGAUGAACUUGCGCUCUAUGCUGUGUGCUCUGCUGCUGCUCUGCUACUACACCUUCCUCACAUUCAUACUAGGGACAGGCGAGGGAGAGGUGGUGGAAGCUGAGAGAUUGCUGAAACCUUUCCGUCUGCGCUACCCACGGGGGGCCAUAUUCCUCUUCUUUGCUGGUCGAACUGAGGAAAUCAAAGGGAACAUUGAUGAGGCAGUGAAACUCUUUGAAGACGGCUGUAAAGCCCAGCAGACAUGGAAGCAGUUUCACCACAUGUGCUACUGGGAGCUGAUGUGGUGCUUCACGUACAAGCGUGCGUGGAAGAUGGCGUACUUCUACGCUGACCUGCUGAGCCAGGAGAGUCGCUGGUCCAAGGCCAUGUAUGUGUACAUGAAAGCUGCUUACCUCAGUAUGCUGCCUAAAGAUGAGGCCAGGCCUUUUGGGGAGGACGAGGUGGAACUCUUUAGACAAGUGCCCACCUUGAAGCAGAAGAUAGCGGGGAAGUCUCCUCCAACGGAGAAGUUUGCAAUUCGUAAAGCCAGACGCUACAAGGCUGCCCGCCCAGUCAGGUUACCUGUACCAGUGCUGGAAAUGAUGUACAUGUGGAAUGGGUUCAGUAUGAUCAACAAGAGACCAGAGCUAACUGAAGGCAUGAUGCAGACGUUGGUGGAGGCAGAGCGCACUCUACUGGAAGCUCCUGUAAACGAGUACACAGUGGACGACCGCUGUGUGAUCCACAUGUUGAAGGGCCUUUGUUUGAAGAAUCAAGGCCUCCUCCAGGCUGCUGAAGAGUGCUUUAACAAAGUGUGUUCCAGUGAAAAGAAGAUCAGGUUUGACCACUACUUGGUGCCUAACUGUCUCGUGGAGCUCAGUCUGCUUUACAUAGACCAAGGCAGAAGGGACGACGCUAUUAAGAUAUUGCACAAGGCCAAGCACAACUACAAAGACUACUCCAUGGAGUCUCGCACACAGUUCAGGGUGCAUGCUGCUCUUGCCAAACUCAAGGCUGAUCCCGGUGAGGAUGAUGACACCCACCUCUAAGACUGCUUAGGCUCCUCCCGCGAGUCUCCAAUUCCCCUCAGUUACAGCUACUUCAGUUUUUGACCAAAGUGCCUUUUUCAACAAGUGUACACUGCAUAUUUUAUUGCUGUGGUCAGGUUUACCUUUGUGUGUGUGAGAUCAUAUGCACUCCACAAUUUAAGAUUGACAAAGGUGUAAUCUGUAGAAUAUUUGUCAGAGAGGCACAGCUGAGGGACCUUUAAUUUCACCACCUUCCACAGGUUAACACACAUUUGACAUUUAUUUUAUAGGCCAUGAUUUUAUUGUUUACACUAAUAAACACUAAAUCUUAAGUGAUUGGAAGCCACGAGAAAUAUUUAAUAGAAUUAAGACCUAAUGAAAUGCAAUGAAUUUAUUUUACUGUUCUAAAAGAGCUCUGUGUAAUAUGCAGUAGUCGCUCCUGUGACGUCUAAGUGCUACGAACCCUAAGACAUUAAAAUAUGAUUUUUGGCUUCUGAAAAUAAUGUUUCUCCUAAAUUGGGCCUUUUUUUUUUUUUUUUUUUUCAAUUCUGCAUUCCUACAGACACACAAACUUUAAUUUAACCUCAAAGUUCUUAUUUUUUUUUCCACCAGUGAGUUUGGGUUAAGUUCAGGGUUGGUGUUACUUCAUCAUCACCGAUGAGAACUUGGACCUUACAGGGUUAGACGCUGCUACUGCCACACGUUUGGUAUUGUAUGAGGUGUUGAGAUGGCUACAGCAUUUCAUGUGCAGCUGCACAAACAUCUUUUAGACAAAGAUAACGAGCAUGAAGGAGGACUGGCUCGUGCACUGCGGGCCCUUUCUGUACGGGUGCACCACAUGAGCACGGCAGAGCCAGUGAGGCUAAACUACGGCUUACUGCUGUUCACACUCAGCGCGUCGGUGUGCUCGAUUGAAUCGCACGUCAGUGCUGAGACACGGCGUGUGCACUUUUCAAAAAACUUGAGUGUAAAAAUUAUUUUUGUAUAAAUAAAUUGUUCUUAUGGAUGUCUGCAAUCAUGAAAAUUGCUGAA